AUGGAGGACGGAGCUGUCAGAAAAAGGCCAAAAAAGCAGAAAAACAGAUUUAAUAAAGUAAAUUUAGUGUUCGAUGAAAUUAAAAGAAAGGAAUUUCUUACAGGGUUUCAUAAAAGAAAGUUGCAAAGAAAAAAGUAUGCAAAAGAUAAGCUGGAAAAAGAAUUGAAAGAAGAAAGAAAACGUUUAAAAGCAGAGGCUAAAGAAUCUUACAAAAAGUUAGUUGUAUCACAUCGGCCCAUUCCUGAAUUGGAAAACUUACUACAAGAAGAAUACGAAGAUGAUGAAGUGACAGUAAAAAUUGUAGAACUAUCUACAAAUGACAUAGCAAAAAAAAAUAACUGGAUUGGGGCAAAUCAGCCAAAAUAUGAAUCUUCAGAAGAAGAGGAAGAAAUAGAGGAAAACAGUAAAGAUGUGGAAGAAGUUCCUGGUAUGGAAUUAAAAAAAAAGCCUAAAUUAAAGGAGAAAGUGGAAAAAAGGAAGUUUGACAGUGAGAAACAAAUAAAAAAAGAAUUAAAGAAACAAGCAACUAAAAAUGUUCAAAAAAGUAAAGCUUUUCAAAUGAAAAAUAAAUUGGAAAGACAAAAACAAAAAAAGAAGUCCCGGCAGAUGAAAACUCAAAGAAUGAAAACAAGGGAGAAGAAGGAUAAAAAGAAACACAGUUUUAAUAAAAAGCAGUAA